AUGACGAGGUAUUGGAUGCUAGACUUGGAGUCUGGCUAUUGCUACAGGGAUCCUGAGCAAAACAGACACGAAUUUUGGCCAUCUGGAAGCAGUGGUAGGAACGAUGAAUGGGCGGAGGACAUGAUUUCUCCAAGUCCAAAUUCCCAGCAUAUAUCCUACUUGCAUGUUGACAUGUCCAACCCAAGCAACAACACAACUCUCAAAGUUCUGGAAAACAUUAUCAUACUUGAGGUUGAUAAUAUACUGGAAGGAUGGCCAGCAUACAUGAUCAAUUUUACUCCAGAAGACACCAGUCCACACAAAAUCAUCUUACAUCUCAAGAACCCAUCAAAGUCUGUCACAAUAGACUCAGACGAUGGAAACAGUGAUCCUGAAGGCCCUCCAAAUGAAUAUAUGAAGUUGACAACUAAUCACAAAGCAAGCAUUAUGGUCCCAAAGCCACACAACAAUCUGGCACCUUAUGAAAGUCCCAAGGAGUCUUCUGACAAUGGUGAUGAGAUGUCUUCUGAUGAUGAUGAGGUCCCCCCUACCACCAUCAAUGCAAUCCCAGUCCAUCUCUGUGGGGUCCCAAAGGAUACCAUCCCCAUGAAGCACAAGAACAAAUUUGACCCAAACUGGCCCCCUUGUAGGCCUCAUGCAUUCAAGGUGAUCUUGCCAAACAGCUUGAUUGUGUCAUAUGAAGCAUUCAUGAUGUUCCCAGCAGCAGUCAAGUGUAAGGAAGAUAGCUGCCAUGGUCCAGAAGGGGAGAAGGAAAACCAGCAUGCUGUUAAGAAUUGA